GAUCCUAGAAAUCAAGAAACCAUGUCUGACAUCAACAUCAACCUCCAGUGCGAGUGCUACCACCGUCGGGGAGUGCUCUACUAUGCUAAUCCCUUGGCUUGGGGACGUCCUUGCCGCCGAUGCCGCAGAAUGAUGUCCAGGAACGUUGUGGUGGUGCCCACUCAGGUGGGAGUUCCUGUUGCCACCACCAACAACGCCGUCAGCACCACGACCACUUUCGUUCCAGUCUCUGUUUCCACCUACUAAGCCAAAAGGUUCUAAAGAUUGUUAACUUUGAAGAUAAUCUUAAUCGCUUUAAGUCUAAUAAAUGCAUUU